AUGCCAAGAGAAAAUCCCAGAGAAAGCGCCAAUAUACUUUCUCGUUUAUUUUUCUUUUGGAUAAACAGUUUAUUAAGAAUUGGCAGUCAACGACAACUAUCACAAGAUGACCUGUUCGAAUUGGCCGACGAAGAUCAAGCAGAAUACAUUGUAAAAGACUUUGAAGAAGUUUGGCAAGAAGAGAUCAUCUCUGCUGAACGCCGUGGCAAACAACCACGACUAUGGAAAGCAAUGUAUCGAUUCUUUCCCUGGACUGACUACCUAUCGCUAUUAUUGUGCAGGUUACUAGAGACACUAAGUAUGUAUUGCAARUCCGUGAUGCUGUGGUUGUUUCUAAAAACUUUACAAGAACAAGAGAAAUCCAUCAAAAGCAUCCCAUAUCUGUUAAUUGCUGGAGCUGUUGGAAUAGGARCAGCAGCAUUCACUUAUUCUUUUUCUCGACAUCAUGGCGAUUUUAAAGCAAAGAUGAUGGGAAUGCGACUCACCAUUGCUUKCUCUGGGCUAAUACACCRAARGGUUUUGAAGUCAAGUCGGGUCAGCGUCUCUAAAAAGACAACUGGACACAUUUUAAGCUUGGUGUCAAACGAUGUUCAACGUGUUCGUAACAUAAUUAGCGAUAUUUCUAGAUGUGGUUUGACACUUGCCAUUGACUUUUCAUUGGCUGUUGUCCUUUUAAGUACUCUAGUUCACUGGAAGGCAGUCUCUGGUAUUUUUGUUACUCUCAUUUUUAGCUUUUCUCAGGUUUUGGUUUCUCAACGCUUUGCGUAUUAUCGACUUCUUCAAGCAUCUGCAACAGAUCAACGUGUUUCAGCUGUUAACGAGAUCAUCAAAGGCAUACGAACCGUUAAGAUGCACGCUUGGGAGUGGAGUUACUUAGAUAUGAUCAGGAAAUUUAGAAGAUCUUCUGAGAAGAUUCACGACAAGAUGACAGUGGCUGUYCUWAAAUCACCUGUAACWUUCUUUGACACCAAUCCUGUUGGAAGAAUUAUCAACCGUUUCUCCAAGGACAUCGGUGUAAUGGACGAUACUUUACCGAUGAAAUUCGUGAUUUCAUCAUGUGCCAUUGUUUUGUUCUUUUUGGUGUUAACAUUCACAUCUGUUUUGAAYUACUGGUAUAUCUUGRUGUCUAUUCCCACAGUUUUUCUCUUCAUUGUGAUUUGUCGAUAUUUUCUCAGACCAGCUCGAGAUAUCUCYAGAUUGGAAGCCCUGCUAUACAGUCCUGUGUGCGACCAUGUUUCAGAGACAAUGGAUGGACUGGAAGUAAUUCAUUGUUUAAACAUGGAGGAUCAGAACAUAAAGAAAUUUUACAGACUACAAGAUUUUCAUACAAAAGCGUUAUCGGUGUCGAUCACUAUGGCCCGUUGGAUGGGUUUAAAUGUUGACUUACUCUGUGCAUUAUUUCUYUUUCUGGUGACAAUUGGAGCAGUAGGGUUUCGCAUUGAWACAGCAUCAACUGGACUUCUCUUGAUAGUUUCGUUUACGGCAAUGGGACAUGCGUCGUUUGGCAUAGCGAUGUUUASUGAAAUUGAAACGUCGAUGAYAGCAGUUGAACGAGUAAUGAAAUACACUCAACUMCCCUCUGAACCAGGCUACGCUAGAGAUGGACAACCACCAAAGGACUGGCCWAAUCAAGGAGCUCUUGUUGUGAAAGAUCUGUCUCUGAAAUAUUUGAAAGGAGGAGCUUGUGUCUUAGAUGACAUCAACUUUGAAGUGAAAUCUCACGAAAGGGUGGGKAUUKCUGGUCGAACYGGAGCUGGAAAAUCUUCUUUGGUAGCUGCAUUGUUUCGCAUGCCCGACCCUCAAGGAUAUGURAUMAUUGAUGGUGUAGAYCUUSGUACYUUGAACAUCCAAGCUGCUCGACGAUCCAUCKCCGUCAUUUCUCAGAACCCGAUUCUUUUCAGUGGAAGYCUCAAACACAGUCUCGAUCCRUUUCAUCAUUUYRCCGASGAKSAGAUUUGGGCAGCACURGAUGUGGURCAAAUGAAAGAACGUGUCCGUAAAUUGCAAGGUCUWCUAGAAUACUCCAUCGGUGAUAGUGGAUCAGGGUUUAGUGUUGGCGAGACGCAGUUGCUUUGUCUUGCUCGAGCAAUCCUUCAAAGAUGCAAAGUUCUUGUGUUGGAUGAAGCAACAGCCAACGUGGAUUACAAAACCGAUCAGCUUGUCCAACRAGUCAUCAGGGAGAAGUUCAGUCAUUGYACAGUGUUGACCAUUGCACAUCGACUAAACACUAUCAUGGAUUACGAUAGGGUAUUGGUCCUUGACCGUGGUCACGUGGUAGAGUACGAUAAACCAGAAAUACUUGCGAACAAGACCGAUGGGGUUUUCGCACAGCUGUUUAAWAGUCAGAAGGGCAGCGAUAUAUUGUAGCUACRCCAAACUAUUAUGUAGAUUAGGGUUUAGUAGAGGAGCCAUUGUCCUUCGUGUUACUUAGAUUAAGGUUGAUUCACACUAAAUACUUAUGUAUUUGUGUUAAAAUAAAGUAAAUCAUGUGUAGUGUAAUGAGACAAGGGGAUAGAUUGGAGCUUSACCUGUUUCCACCUCCUUUGURUAAAUGUGUAUUACGGGAMAAAUCACAAUAAAUAAAAAACUUUUUACCCCUAUAAGCUGAAUAGGGAAGUAGACACCCCCYUAAAACAAGU